GAGAGAGAGAGAGAGAGAGAGAGAGAGAGAGAGAGAGAGAGAGAAGAUGGCCGACUAGGAAACUACGUUGUCUUUGCUGUUUUGUCGUUGAGAAACAUUUUAAAUAACACUCGUAUUCACGGUUGAAGCGGGAAGAGGACGGAUUAAAGAUUUCGCUCCUCUUCCACAAUGGCAGAGCAAAAUAGCGGUGUCAGGUAUCAAGAGUUGGUGGAUGAGGAGGAGUCACCGCAGCCGUCUGAUGAGGCUUCUGCUCAGGAUGCACCUCCACCCUACAGCAGCAUUUCUGCAGCAAAUCCAGCUUUCUUCCAGUAUAAGGACGAUGGAGGAAGACUUCCUAAUCCUCCGUCCUACAAUGUUGCCACCACAUUGCCGUCCUAUGAUGAAGCAGAGCGAACCAAAGCCGAAGCUGCUAUCCCACUGGUCACUGGAAGAGUUACGGAGGAAGACUUUGUGGCCAGGGAUGACUUUGAAGAUGCUGACCAGCUGCGAAUCGGAAAUGACGGCAUCUUCAUGCUGACGUUCUUCAUGGCAUUCCUCUUCAACUGGAUUGGCUUCUUCUUGUCCUUCUGCUUGACCACAUCAGCUGCUGGCAGAUAUGGGGCCAUCUCUGGCUUUGGCCUGUCCCUGAUUAAAUGGGUUCUCAUUGUCAGAUUUUCUACCUACUUCCCAGGUUACUUUGACGGACAGUACUGGCUGUGGUGGGUGUUCUUGGCCCUCGGUUUUAUGUUGUUUAUCAGAGGCUUUGUGAACUACUCCAGAGUGCGGAAACUGGCUGAUCCUGCCUAUGCCACCCUUCCCAGAACAAGAGUGCUGUUCAUCUAUUAGAAGAUGUCGGAUGGAAGAACCGGCUUUAAGCAACAUAUCUAUGAAGAAUUUCAAAUUAAAGACAUGACGCCAAGCAGAAACCAGCCAGACGAGUCACAGAAGAAGAAAACGAUCAUUGAAAUAUUCAGGAAUUGUAUCAUUAGUUUUAUUUUGUUUAUUAAUGGUAAGAGUAACAGUCCUUCAAUGUAGUCAUUAGUGGCAAAUGUAAAGUGCUUUUUACAUCUGUCUGUAAUGUAUAAGUAAUGCCUUAUACUGUAUCAUUUCAUGGUAGCAAACAAACAUGCAUGUGCCCUUAAGGUUAAAAAAAAAUAUAUAUAUAUAUAUAUAUAUAUUACUGGCAUGGACAAAAUGAUGUUUUAAUACAGCACUUUGACUUCUUGUAAGCAUGAAACUCAUUCUGCACUAAUAUCACAUCAUGGUACUAUCGUGACGAUUACUAUAACGUACACCGGAAAUGCAAACUAUCAACCUGUAAAUGGCUAUGCUAUUGUUGGCAUUAGUAUAUGAUCCUGUCACCUGUUAACCGCUAGCAGUUCUGCUCCUACUCUCUCCAGGAGGGGGCACUGUUUCUCCUGCUUUUGUCUUUAGAAGUUGUUUAUUCAGGGCAUUGUAAUAAUAAAUCUUUUAAUGCCUGU